GGCACAGCAGUGUUUGUAGCAGCCACCAGAACUGAGCUCCACUGCACCGCAGAGAUGCUGCCCGCCACCUUCAAGCUGUGCGCUGCCAUCUCCUACCAACACCUGCGCAACGUGACCGGGCUGCGCAGACAGGCUGCAGUGGCCAUCAGCCAGGAGCUCAGCAAGCUGUCGUGCCGCAGCACAGGGCCCAGCACGUGGAUCAGCCAGGUCCGCAGGCGAAGCUCCCUGCUCAGCUCCAGGCUGGAGGAGAAGCCCUUCAGCGAGAUGGAGAUGUCCUACAUCAAACAAGGAGAGGAAGCCCUGCAGAAAUCACUCAGCAUCCUCGGGGACCAGGAGGGCUGGAAGACGGAGACGGUGGCGGACAACGGAGACAAAGUGCUGAGCAAAGUGCUGCCGGACGUGGGUAAGGUGUUCCGCCUGGAGGUGGUGGUGGAUCAGCCCCUGGACGCGGUGUACAGCGAGCUGGUGGACAACAUGGAGCAGAUGGGCGACUGGAACCCCAGCGUCAAAGAGGUGAAGAUCCUCCAGAGGGUUGGGAAGGACACUCUGAUCACCCACGAGACGGCGGCCGCUCCGCCCGGGAACAUCGUUGGGCCGCGGGACUUUGUGAGUGUUCGGUGCUCCCGGCGCCGCGGCUCCACCUGCGUGCUGGCAGGGAUGUCCACCACGCACGGAGCCAUGCCCGAGCAGCAGGGAUUUAUCAGAGCUGAGAACGGCCCCACAUGUAUGGUGCUGCGCCCGCUGGCCGGCAGUCCCUCGCAGACCAAGUUGACGUGGCUUCUUAGCAUCGACCUGAAGGGCUGGCUGCCAAAGACCAUCAUCAACCAGGUCCUGUCCCAGACCCAGGUGGACUUCGCCAAGCACCUCCGGCAGCGCAUGGCGCGGGCAGCGGGCUGCUGAGUGCACAGACUGCUGUUGAGUGCUUUGGUCAGGGCUAACAGUAGGGAUCUUGUUGUUAGGUAAGUCAGAUACAAUUCAACUCCGGCCUGUGCUAACAAGAAAGGCCUUUAAUCGUAGACAGCACUAAUAAAGCUUAACUAAUUAGCGAGGAGCCUGAUUCAGAAGGCAGCGCCAGCAGCUGCUCGGUGUGCAAGCAAAUGCCAUACCUGAAGGGGCAGGUUGCUGGGAUCUCCCAGCUAAUUACUUGAAGCUUUAUUAGUCUACAGUAAAAAGGCCUUGGCUAAUUAGUUAUUAGGGAAGAGUCGCAGGAGCUUCAUUCAGACGGCAGGGCCAGCCAGUGCUGCUCCGUGUGCAGAACACAGGACUUAACCUCAACUGCAUUCCUAUCCUUUCCCCUAGUGAAGCAGCUCUAAGUUAUUUGAUAUAAUUUUGCAUGUCUGUACAGGAAGAUUAUUUAUUCGAAGUUCUGUGAUGAUUAUCGUUAGCAGGAGUCCCUGUGAAACUUGUCAUUGCUUUCAUAGACAGUUAGCUUCAGAUUUGAAGUAGGUACUUUUAAGUUUGCAGGAUAGGAAGGGAACCAGGAUACCUGAACAAAACAAAAAUCACAAGACAAAAACAAUGUAAGAGUUUAAAAGAAGAGUUUAUUUUUAAACUGGCUGCCAGUUCAUGUAAAAAAAAAAUAAUAAUACAGUUUGGGCAGAAGCCCAAAUUUCAGUCUUACAUGCAGUAGUCUUGUUACAACACAAUCCUUCUGGAUGGGAACUGUUCACAGUUAGCCAAGCACAGCUGAGCAGAAGCAUCAGUGUUGUUUCUGCAGGUAUAGAGACAGCAGGUGGGUCCAACCACACACCCCUUCCCACUGAACAAUGUCUGUUAUGAGCCCAGGCUGUCAGAUGGGAAGUUAUCUCAACACAAUCGUUGCUUCUUCAGCUAGCUACACUGUAAGUUACUGAAGACUCCAAGAGAUGCUCACAAAUAGCACAAUACACACUAGAACUGCAUUUACUUGGACUCAGCAUAGUGGUAGUGCAUGAACCUUAAGCAGGGACCAUACAUACACCGCACCUGCUGCCAAGAGCUGCAUUGGCUUCAUUGUGUUUGUUCGUUGACAGAUUGUUCUGAGUGAUGCACAUUCCUCCAGAAUAAAAUCCACCUGAUUUAAGAGUCA